CUUUCAGAUUCAUUCUUUUUUUCUUUUUGAGAAAUGAUUCCUGGCAAUUCAGUGCUAAUUAAGCAAGGCGCUGAGGCUCGCGUAUUCUAUUUGUCUACAUUUCUUACUUUACCUACUGGAUGCAUUGCUAAACAAAGAUUUAAAAAGACAUAUCGUCAUCCUGAUCUUGACCAGCAACUUACUGCAAAGCGAGUCAAUCAAGAAGCUCGUAACUUACAAAAGUGUAAAAAGGCUGGAAUGGAUACCCCAACUGUCUAUUUUAUUGAUAUUCCUGAAUCUACAAUUUAUAUGGAAAAUAUCGUUGGUAUAACUGUCAAACAAAGACUAUUAGAUGAUCAGCACGAAGACUACAAGAAUAUUGAUACGGAUUUGUUAGCGCAAAAGAUUGGCACAUCCUUAGCAAAGAUGCACAGUGUCAAUGUUGUUCAUGGAGAUCUCACAACUUCAAACUUGAUGAUAAGAAAAGAAAACGACUCUUUGGUCGUCAUUGACUUUGGGCUGAGUUACACAUCUGUAUUGGUAGAAGACAAGGCAGUCGAUUUAUAUGUUCUCGAACGCGCCUUUUCAAGUACUCAUCCCAAAACAGAACAAAUGUUUGCCAAGAUAUUGGAACAUUAUGCUGUUUCUUAUAAGCAAUCUAAAGCUAUAUUGUCAAAGCUUGAUGAAGUGAGGUUACGAGGACGUAAAAGAAGCAUGAUUGGUUAGAAGCGCGUCUUUUUAUUGUCAUAGAAAUAAAAUUACAAGUGUAACA